AAUCUGCACGUUUCAUGAAUGUAACAAACAAUUUUAGACUAAAGUCUUAUCUCUUUACUUAAAAUGUCACAGACAUCUUAUCGUUCUGUCUAAAAGGUUUCUAAAAGUUAGAUCUAGCUUAUUUCUCCCGUCAUGAAUGUUGAAGUAGUGGUAUUUGUUCUGUUGACACAGCUCAUUGGAGUAGCAUGGGGCGGGUAUGAUUACAGUCACUGUACAAACUAUGCAGAAUAUAACACCCUUGCUAACCUGAUGAAGAACGACACAUGUAUGCAAGCGGAUUCAGUAUUCAAACAGCUUACGGCAAUUAACAUACAGGAUGGUGGGCAUGGUGGAUGCAGGAUUCAUUUAAUAAAUCUCCUAGCAGAUCACGUUGGAAGGCAUGCCUCCACGCCAGUUAAUUGUCAUUGUCAAGGAUGGAACAGACUACAAGAGUACCACACAGGACCUGUUGAUGGGAUAACAAAUUUAAAGGACCACUGUCUGGCCUAUUCUGGCGAGUACAGAGACAUGUACAAUCAGUUUUUUAAGUCCCAGUAUUCGAAUAACCACUAUAUGGCUUGCAGAACACAUCACUCAGUAUGGUCUGCGCUUAGAAGCAUUACUACGAGCCCAUAUGGACAUAGUUCUUGCCAAAAAGAUAUCAUAUUUCGUCUGAAGUACGCUUUUGAACACCUCACGGAUGACUGUAUAUGCAAAGAUAUCUACAGUCACUGUACAAACUAUGCUGAAUAUAACACUCUUGCCAACCUCAUGAAGAACGAUACAUGUAUGCAAGCAGAUUCAGUUUUCAAACUGCUGACGACAAUGACCUUGAAGGAAGGGUCGGGAGAAUGUAGGAUUCAUAUAAUAAAUCUUCUAGCAGACCACUUUGGAAGGCAUGCCUCUACGCCAAACAGUUGUCAUUGUCAAGGAGCGAACAAACUGCAGCAGUAUCACUUGGGAAGUGCAGAUGGGAUAACAACUUUAAAGGACAAUUGUUUGAUAAAUUCUGCAGAGUACAAAGACAUGUACAACCAGUAUUUUGUGUCACCGGAUUCUAAUAACCACCAUAUGGCUUGCAGAACACAUCAUUCAGUAUGGUCUGCGCUUAGAAGCAUUACUACAAACGGCAUUGGCAAUAAUUCUUGCCAAAAAGAUAUAAUAUUUCAUCUGAAGUAUGCUUUUGAACACUUUACGGAUCACUGUUUAUGCACAGAUGCACAUACGCAUGUCAAUGGUCACCAGGGGCAUGACAAUGAUAAAUGUCAUCAUUAUGACAGUUUCAAUAAGCUACAGCAGCUUGCAGAAACAGAUGGAUGUUUGAGUGCGAAUUCAGUGUGGCACUAUCUUGAUGAUCUUCAAGUCAAUGCUCCAGAAUGUCGGAGGAGAAUUCAAAAACACUUGAAUGACAAGUACGCGACGUCACAGGAUGCUUCCCAUUGUACUUGCAAUGAACGACGUAAUCUUAUCAACCACGAAAUACACCGAAUGGACAAUGGAAGCUUCUUUGACUGCAGAUACCGCACCAGCGGAACAUACAGUGACAUCGAAGCUGACCUGUUUUCCAACAUUCUUGCAAAAGGGUGCCAGAAUCAUGACUAUUUAUGGCCCAAACUGGAAGGUGUGCACAACCACUGCUCAUGGCAUAACAGGCACAACUAUUGUGGAGAAUGGAUAGACUGUACGCGGGACUUGAUUGUCAGGGCAGCGAUUCAGUAUCCAACAGAUGAUUCUGACAGUUGUGUUUGUUCCAAAAUUACUUCUUCAACUUUGCCAGCAACAUUAACAUCUUCUACGAAAGCUCCUACGUCAGCGAUGACCUCGCCUUCAUCCACACCCACAACUGCAACGAAAGCUCCCACGUCAGCGGCGACCACGCCUACACCCACACCCACAACUCCUCCGCCUGCUUCUGCUACGUCAGUAAAAGUAACUCAGUCAUCAACAUCAGGCAUGUCACCACAGCGAACAACGCCGACAAUUAAGUUUGCUUGUAACAAACUUGCAGUUGUAGAGGACAUUGCAAGGUCCUUAAAGGCGACACAUCCAGAUUCCAGCUAUUGCAAUCCAAGCGCUGGCGGAUCUGAUGACGCGUAUGUUCUGUCUACAUGCAAUCUGGCGUCACCGAUGACGUGGAAAAAAGGAGCCAACGUGAUGGCGGACUGUGAGUCGAGUACACAGUUGAUACCUACAUACACACCAAUAUCAACAUUCGACGGUGACAGUUACACUCCUCUUGGCGCUCAGUCUGGCAUAUUCUUGGGCUGUGAUAACAACGGUAUCAAGAUUGCGAUCCAGAAAUGUAAUGGGCUUCCUGAAAUCGUACAUAUUGGGAAUGGUGCAUUCAUAGAUAACUCCAGGAACUACUACGUUGUUGUUUAAGUUUAUUUCGAAUAAAAUUGCAAUUACAAGUUAUUUCAGCAAAGACACAA